AGUAGUCGUCUAAUUUCAUGAUGAAAACAAUCUACGAUGAAGAUCAUAGAGGCUGCUCACUGCAGAGCCAUGGGUGGAGCGUGAAGUCUCUGGACGUCCAGCCCCUUCUCUAGAUGUAAUUUGGGCGUAAUGGGUAGAGCUAGAAGGUCCAACCACACCCUAACCCUACCCAUAACUCUAUCCCUCCACCCAUUAGAUCCACAGAGGUGGAGAUGGACUUGGUCAAGCUCAAACCAAGACGUCCAGAGAGGGAGAGCUGGACGUCAAUUGGCACCGCUUGGAUCGUGCUUCGUUCUCCAAAGCGCAUCAGAGUACUCUUCAAAAUCCGAGCUGGAAUACGAAUUUGGUGACUAUCGUGGCAAGUUCUGUAUGGACGAUCAAGGUUUUGUUUAUGGCAUCGGAGAAGUUUAUUAUCCGAGCUCCACAGCGUGUCCCUGCACCUGCACAGAGGAUGGACCCGUGUGUGUCAAACCCAAGUGCCCGCGGAUACACCCGAGAUGCACGCGCAUCAAAUACAAGUCGUGCUGUCCCGUGUGUGAAGCCGUCAGUAAAGUUUGCGUGUAUGAAGGAAAAACUUACAGAAUGCUGGAGGAAUUUAGGUUGUCACCCUGUGAGCGUUGCCGGUGUGAAGUCAACAGAGAAGUUUACUGCACCAUAUCCGGCUGUCCUGCCUUACAUUGUGUAAAUCCUGUAUAUGAGCCCAACCAUUGCUGUCCUGUGUGCAGAAGCGGGCCAAACUGCUUUGCUGGAAAUCGCGUGAUCUCAGCUGGAGAACGUGUGGAGAUUGAUGAGCAGACGGUGUGUUUCUGCACCUACCAGGACGGAACGUGGCAGACGCACCCUCACGCUACCUGUGAGGAGCGCCAGCAAACAGACAAUGAAGCCACUAACUCCGACAACACAUCCAAACAGAUGGAGGAGCAGGAGAAGGAGAAAGAGAGAGUGUUCUCGCCCAGGCUGGAUGUCAUCCCGUGAAGGGAAGUGUGCCUGGCACCAGCUCUCCUGACAGGCAGGAGGGGAUGGAGUGCCCAGGGUAAACACAACCUGCACUGGGAUAACGGCCAAUGCUGACCUCUACAGCCAACCUCACCACCCCCCAUGCAAUAGCAAUAUCACAGUGUUCCAUAACUCUAUAUAUGUACACUACCAUUCCAAAGAUUGGGUUUCCACAAGCAAGCACAACUGUUUUCAACUUUGAUGAUAAUACGAAAUAUUUCAUGAGCACCAAUUCAAGAUGUUAGAAUGAUUUCUGAAGGAUCAUGUGACACUGAAUGAUGCUGAAAAUUCAGCUUUUAAAAAUACAUUUUAAAAUAGAAAACAGUUAUUGUAAAUUGUAAUAAUAUUUCACAACAUUACAGUUUUUACUGUAUUUGUGAUCAAAUGGUAAGACUUUCAAAAACAUUAAAAAGUCCUGCCUGCCCCAUACUUUUGACCGGUAGUGUAAAUGUGUGUAUAUUACUGUAUAUCAUUUUGACUACUUAUUAAGACGCAGUUAUACAGCAUUACAUUUAAAUAUAGCAUUGUAUUUUUAAAAACGAUCUCCCAUUUUUCCAUCUCGUUCAUGUUGUUGAAUUUUUGGUUGACUUCUAAAUGUUUUAUUCUAUGGCCAGUAUGAUGAGUUUAAGUAAUAAUUUCAGUGUUCAUUCUAACAGAUUUUACAAAAAGUCUUGCUGUAUUAGAUAUAACCAGUAAAAUGUUGUUCUCCAUAAAGACGAUUUGUUUAGAUGGGAAGUGGAGCAUGCAAUUGAAACACCCAUUUUCAAAGGGCUGGUCAAAUGGAAACAUAUAAUUUAUGUAUUAAAACACCUCAGGUUUGAGUAUUUUCUGCUUGUUUGAACAUCUGAAUCAUUGCAUCUUUGAUGUUUUGUUGAUUUUACCUCACUAAUUUACAAAAUGCAUGUAAACAUAAUGACAACAUUGUAUUUAUGAAUUAAAAACAUGACAAUUUCUUUCAGUUUAAA